AUGCCGCUGCGCCGGGUGUCGGAAGCGCCCGUGUAUCGCGCGGUCGAAGCCGCAGACGAUCUACAGACUUCCACGCCGGAGUCUUUUAGUGAAAUUCCUCCCGCACUUAUUCAGGAACUACCGAGCGUGUCGCUGCGCAUGCAGCCAGCGCCUUCAGACGUGUGCCCCGCUGAGGCGGCGACCGCGCCCGCUGUGCUGCAUGCCCGUGGUCGCCUGUGGCUGACGGAGAAAGACAUUACGUUUCUUCCCAACGAUUCGCAGGACAUGCAAGGAUUUGCGCUGUCUUACACGUCUGUGGCCCUGCACGCGGUCUCGCGCUCUGUACCUGAUGACAUGGCGCUUGAUGGUCUGUACCGCGAAGCGUGCCUGUACUGUCAGCUGGACGAUCACCCUGAGCAGGAUGCGGACUCAGAUGAAGAGGAAGAGGCCGUGAAGGAAAUGUGGCUGGCGACGCCUGACGCGGAUACGCGUACGUGGAAUGCACUGACGACAGUGGAUCAGCUCUUCGAGUCGCUCUCGUAUGGAGCGUCUCUAUACCCAUCAGUGGGAGCUUCGAGUGACUCGCAUCCUCUGGCUGGACUGGCUGCGCUGGACUCUAGUACCAUCGACGAGGACGAGGACGAAGACGAAGACGAGACGGAGGCCAACAAUGAAUCGGCACCAGGCAAGGUGAAGUCAGAGCACUCUCAAGAUAAUGGUGCCUAUUAUACCAAUACCCUCAUGUUUGCGAAUCUGCCGACCGAGUUUUUUGAGUCGGACGCGCUGGUGCAGCAGUUCCAUGAGCUGCUGCACGGCAUCGGCCCCCUCGUGUCGUGGGCGCCACAGCCGGCGUUUGGGCAAUGCCUCGUGGUCUUUGAAAGUGCUGACGACGCCAUGCGCGUCAAAAAGGUACUUGAUCGCGUGCUCCUUCCGUCUUCCGAGUGGGAUAGGACGCCUGCGCAACGCGCAACGGCUCAAGAGGCAGAGCAUGGCAUGGACGACACGCAUAUGCUUCGGGUGUACCUGCAUCAUACCACGCCACUUACGUACUUGCCAUCAGGUGAGUGUGUUGUGGCCCACUCGAUGGAAACUUCAGGCCCUUUUCUAGCACCGCCCGCACCUGAGCGAGAGUUUCUCAUCAGCCCGCCAGGCAGUCCACCGGUCGGAUGGGAGCCACGCGAGGAAGAUCGGCCCAAUACGGACACGCUCGCCGAGGACCUGAUCGAGGCGCUCACAAAGCUGGCGCGCGUAUCGGAGGAGGACGAGGUAUCCACAGCACCGGCGAUGCUCGUGCCGCCCGGCGCGAGGCCGAGCCCCUCCAGGCGUCUUCUGGAACCAUGA